AACCUCCUCCCGGUGUCCGCUUUUUCAAAAAGACAGCGGUGUGAGGUUGCCAGUUUGGAGCUUGUUUUCCCCUUAAAUUGGACCCUUCAAGCUGUGACUGGGCUGAUUUGCUCGCUUUUCCUUCUCCGUGGAGCUGCUGCCACACCGCACGGAAAUAACGGGACUUCACUCGCUGCCCGGCUUCACUUAAAGGUACAAACAGAACAUGAACCCCGGGUGAAAGUCUGGUCCCAGACGUCCUCCCUCCACGGACUGUGAUGCUCGUUAUUGAACAUACUCUCAUGAACAGGUGGAUCAUUAAAGAAUGGAUGACACGUCAGUCAUUCACCUCACAGAGUCAACAUCUGAGCAGUCGGUAAAACCGGCUGAAUCUGAUUAACCAGGAGCUGCUGGGAUCAGUGGAUUUAUCUAGCUUUGGUCUGGACGAAUCAACAAAGAUACUACGUCAAUGAAUUUUAUUAAGGACAUUCAUGAACACAACCCUGCGUUGUCUGAAGAAUAAGAAUAACAGGGUAUGCUCAUUGGACAGCAGUAAUAUAUUAGAGCUGAGCCAACUGACUGUGACGACAUGUCUCUACCCAAGCGGAGGAAAAUCAGGACUUUUGCUCUGCUGUUUUGCAUCAUUACAUUUACAACAUUCCUGUUCAGUUACACUUUCCGGGACCCCUCGCUGUACUUCUUCAAGUACGCUUUUCGCCUGUCGGAUAACUUUUUCUCCAAAGGGCUAUGUGCCUGCCAACAGUGCAUGACAGAGCUGGAGGAUGACCCCUGGUUUGCUGAGCGCUUCAAUCAGUCCGUCCACCCUCUGAUGACCAGGGAGAACAGCGUCCUCUCCGACGAAACCUUUAAAUGGUGGCAGUGGUUGCAGUCAGAGAGGCAGCCGGCCAACUUCAGUGAAGUGGUGGAGGAGCUGUUCCAAGUCAUCCCCGAUGAGGUACUCUACAUGGACACCAGCCCCGAGCGCUGCAGGACCUGUGCCGUGGUGGGGAACUCUGGGAACCUGAAGGGGGCCCAGUACGGAGCCCUGAUCGACUCCUGUGAUUUCAUCAUAAGAAUGAACCAGGCGCCCACCACCGGGUUUGAGGAGGAUGUGGGCGGCAGAACAACACAUCACGUCAUGUAUCCAGAAAGUGCCAUAGACCUGGACAAUACCACCAGCCUAGUGCUGAUCCCUUUCAAGACUCUGGACCUGCAGUGGAUCAUUAGUGCUCUGACCACGGGCACCAUUAAACACACAUACACACCUGUAACUUCCAGGAUAAAGGCAAACAGAGACAAGGUGUUGAUUUACAAUCCAACAUUUUUCAAAUACGUCUAUGAGUCUUGGCUUGAAGGUCAUGGAAGAUAUCCUUCCACUGGCUUCCUCAGCCUACUGCUCGCUAUCCACAUAUGUGAUGAAGUCAGUGUAUUUGGAUUCGGUGCAGACCAGUACGGAAACUGGCACCACUACUGGGAGGAGAACCAUUUGGCUGGAGCUUUCCGACACACAGGAGUCCAUGAUGGAGAUUAUGAAUAUAAUGUCACCCUACUGCUGGCAGACAAACACAAAAUCCGAAUGUUUCGAGGCAGAUGAUACCGAGCCCAUAUGUGCAGCGGGAUAACCACCAAACGAACCUCAGCAGCCUUUCAAUGUUUGUUUUUCCUUCGUCUCUUUACGCUGGAAGACCGCUUUUGUCAUGAUUUCCAAAGACACAUGAACCCUUCUGGUCCGUCCAGUUUCUCUUUUCUUUGCUUAAGACAAUGUUGAAGACAUGCCAAUCCCAUUGACAAACCAACAGAGCUUCUGUCUCUGUGUGCCUAGAUACAGGCAACGACAGACCAUCAACAACACAAAAGCAACACUGCCAUUUGUUCGUGUAAUCCCCACUGAAAUGUGUCCGGGAACAGUCAACAGACAAGAGAAGACGUCUUGUCAACAAGCAUGCUAUACAGAAACAGCGUUAGUUCUAUUGUAUAGUACAUGUAUGCUCUUUAUGUCCUUUUUUUAAAGAUAUAAAUUACUAGCAUUGUUGCCACCUUACGCUUCCUGUUCUCGAGUCAAAUUUGACCAGUUUUCAAAUAUAUUUAUGUCAUAAAUAAUGCUUUGUUUUAAUUGCCACAAAAGGAGUGUAAAAUAAUGAGUUUGAAUGAAGUUAGCUAAGACGGUGUAACGCAGAAUAAAUAUUUAUACUUUAUCCUUAUUAAACAUUCAAACAAUCCAACGCACCAGGUCAACAAAAGUUGCAAGGUCGACAGGAAGACAAUAUGAAGCUUUGUAUGUUUAUAGACAUAUAAACAUGUCAAAUUUUAGCACUCUGUAGGCUAUCUGCCAGAGAGGACAUGCUAGCUGUUGUUAGCUAUAUGAUAGCAAGCUAAUGUUAGUUUUAGUCUUAGCACGCUAAUGUUAGCUAUGUGUUAACAAGCUAGCAAGCUAGAUCUUGCAAACAUAAUACUGCAUAGCUUUCCAAUGUAGGCUAUCCAUAUUCCACAAUAACGGAAGUAAUAGCUUGUCAAAUGAAGUUAGCCUAAAACGUUGUUUGGAUAUCUGACUUCCCAUUGUCAAUGCUAAUGUCUCACGUCUGUGUACAUCUCUAUCCAGGACACUUUUGUCCUUUUAAAAACUUGUUUUUUUUAAUCGAUUCAUCAGCUUAUGAAACCUUAGUUAUGAGUUCUUUACCCUGCUGUUUUUCACCACACGGCAGCUUAAA